AUGCGUUGGGACGAUCCCUCAGACGCAGCCCUAUCACCCACCUCAGACUUCUUCCCAGAGUUCAAGGUCGAGCCUGUCUCACCUUCUAUGUCAGGUCUUGAAUUACAAGGCAGCGGCAUUGGAAAUAUCAACAUCGAAGACUCGGCUGUAUUCGGCGAAGAUCCCAUCACAGAAGAACCCCUUUUCCAAACACCAAACGCCCUGAUCACCCCUCCUCUCGCUGACAUACCUCGCGAGAACCUCUACUCCACACCACUAUCUUGGACAAGACCUUCAGCUGGUCGAAGGUCAGAAUCUUUUGCUCUAUCACCACAAGAAGAGUCCAAGCUUCGCAACAUCGCCAUGCCUGCCCAACAAUACCCCGCCUCACCCAACUCCUCUGCUUCCUCACCCGAGCCAUGCGAGAACAGCCGCAAGCGCAAAUCCAGCGUUGAGGACGACGACGAGGAGGACAGUCCACCACCAACUCGGGGGCACCCUGUCAAGAAGACAGCCCACAACAUGAUCGAGAAGCGGUACCGCACCAAUCUCAACGACAAGAUCGCGGCACUACGGGACUCGGUGCCCAGCCUACGGGUCAUGAGCAAGAAGAACUCCCGCGGCGAGGAGAUACAGGAAGAUCUCCAGGGACUGACGCCGGCGCACAAGCUGAACAAGGCGACGGUCCUCUCCAAAGCAACGGAAUACAUUGCGCAUCUGGAGAAGCGGAAUAAGUUCCUCAUGAAGGAGAAUGCCAAUCUGAAGAGCAGGGUCGAUGCUUUUGAGAUCUUAGUCAUGUCGAGGCAACAGCCGGGUGGUGGGAUGAAGCAACAGCGAACACCAUCGAUGGCGAGACAACAGCAGCAACAACAACAACAACUUCCACGAUACAGUAUGGACUUUGGUCCGAUCUGA